AUAUAUAUAUAUAGUUCAAACAGUAUAAACUCUGUUUAGGUCGAAACCUUUAACUUUAGUUUAUACUGUAAUAAUAGUUUAGAUAGGAAAAUUAAUAUUAUUAUUUAUAUAUUGUAUUGAAUACAAUCCCUUUAUCUCGGCUUAUACACGAAAACAUUGCCUAUAGCGGCUCGGGAGCGUAGUCGUACUUGUCGAUGAAACCUAAAUGGUUUCAUCGACAAGUACGACAAGUUCGACGGCACGUGAAGGGGACGGGGCAGUGAGCAGGUAGAGCCUGUCAAUGAGAUCCCAGGGGAGCGAGGCAGAGUCCGGGAGGUAGACUUGUGAGACUGUGUCACAGUACACGGAGUCUCUUCGCCCUAUCCACUUUCUGUGAGGAUCAGAAGGAGUUCCAACAACUUUGUGCCCUGAGUUUUCUCCGCAGUCGCCGAUGAGUUGAUAGAACAUUAGUUGUGCCCUCGGUGAUCUCAGGAGGAUCGUAUCUGUAACUUCUCACAGCGCAGCGAAGACACCGAGCUGAGGAUUUUUGGGGGCUCGAUCCACGUUAGAGGAAGAACCGACUGUUGGGUCGACGCUGAUGGGCCUGUUACAGAAGUCGCUUUGAUUUCGGAGCCGGCCGAAAUAGUCCGAGGCAAAGCAACGGUCCGUUCGGCUCGGGUUAAUAUUUAAACAGCGGCGAGCUGAAUUUAACGACACUUCGAGGAUUAUUUUUCGCAACUCCCCCGCCGUAAAACACAUUACCCAACUUUGUGGCCCUGCGUUAUCUGCGAACAUGCCUGAAACUUUCCGGCGGCAACCUGCAGCCCAGCCUUUGAAGUCGAAGCCGUCGCUCCUCCGUGUUUUCGCUGGAUAUGCGGUGGGAAUGUGGCGGCCGCAGGACGCGCUGUCCGCCGAUGCUGUUUGUCGACGCGUGUUCGGCCCCACAAUGUGAGAGCAAGGUACAGUGACGGACUGAACGCUGCUCUAUUAAUAGUGGUUCGGAUACGGAUGAGGAUCGAUACGCCGUUGCCAGGACCUGCCCUUGUGGGAGAAUACACAACAGUUCAAUCAUAAGGCGGACGCUCCACAUGAGGACAUUUGUUGUGCGUCUCAUGAAGACCAGUGUAAACUUCGCGGCGCGUCCGCGCGUGCUCCGCUUCGCCUCCCAUAUUAACGGCACCGGAUAAAAGUCCACUCAAGUUUGUUUUUUUUUCCUCUGCAGCGAAAGCGGACGGAUGAGCGCGAGCCGCGUUGGUUCCGGACAGUCACGCAUGACUUCUGAUGGCAGUCCCCCAGCUUUAAAAGUUUGGAUCGGACCCGUUUCGCCGUAGUCGCCACGGACACAACGCGGCAGCGAGUCGCGUAUACAUAAACUAUACCCCCCCUCCCCGUUUUGAUCGUCCGCGGUGUUUGCCUGCUUUGAAGUCCACCAUGUGCGGCCGCGCACCGCCGCCACAGUCGAGGCCAUGACCGUCCCCCAGCGGCGCCUGGCCGGGCUUUGGCCGUGGCUGCUCAUGGCGGCCCUGCAGGUGGUGCUGGGCCAGCCGGGCCUGGAGCCCGAGCGACCGGCCCUCCGAGCGCUCAUCAAGGUGACUCUGCUGAAGCACGAGCCGACGGGGAAGCCCAUCACGCUGGAAGGGGUGUUCGUGGGAGGAAGCGCCGGGUACGCGGAGGGGAAACUAAUGCAGUACCACCCUCUGUCUCUGUGCAACACCAGCGAGGAUGACAGGCAGGACGCUGACUUCAUCACCAUUGUCAAGCUGGAGCACCGGGUUCCCCGCUGUCUGGCGCUGCUUGACAAGGCUCGCAUGGCGCUGGAUAAAGGAGCUCAGGCUGUCAUUUUUGAUGUCAGUGACGACGCCGACGCUGCUGCCGAGCUGCGGGAAACGGACGCCCUUCCCCGUCCGGUGGUGCUGGUAGAGGCCAGCGAUGCCGAGGAGCUGAUGGGUCUGGUCAACAAGAACGAGGAGGCCAAGGUUCGCAUUGAGGUCAUGGUGGAGCCAACUAGAUGGCCACAUUACGAUGUGGGAAUCCUGCUCACCAUCGUCCUCGCGAUCCUGGCCAUUGUCCUGAUCUUUGCUUUUCGCUACAAGUGCAAGUCCAACAGAACCUGGGACUCUGUCCACCAGCAGACCAUGCGGGCCAUUGGCCGACUUGAGACCAGAACCUACAGCUCUCAGGGCUGCUCGGGCUCUCAGCACCACCGUGGGGCCUGGGGGUCGGCCAGUAGCUCCAACUCCAGCCCCGUCUGUGCCAUCUGCUUGGAGGAGUUCCAGGAUGGACAGCACUUGAGGAUCAUCUCCUGCGCUCACGAAUUUCAUAAAGACUGUGUCGACCCCUGGCUGUUACAGCACCGCACCUGUCCCCUGUGCAUGCACAACAUCAUGGGUGAGGUCAAGCACAUUUCCAGAGCCGAUCGGCAGCCGCAGAGGAACAGACUCCAGCACGGUCCGGAGCAGAGCCAAGGCUUCCUGCACCCUCAGCCCUACAGCAGCCCACACAGCCACCCCUUCCCUCAACAUGCUAUUCCUUUCUCAAUGAGGCCCCACUAUCCUCGUGGACCCUCCGGAGCCUAUCCUCCUCUGGGCCACUACAGCGGCGCGUCACCAGUGGACACCCAAACGUUACGCUUCUUCGCCAGCAGACCACUUGGCUCCAGUUGUGGGUACCAUCAUCCUGCAGAGGGUCCCGGGCGGCCCUACAGGAUGGGAGCUAACUGCAGGACUUCCACCCACCACUACACGCCUCGGCGUACCUGCCACAACUACCGCUCGUCCUGCUCGGCCCAGCGGAGCGCUUCCAGCUCCAGACUGCACCACGCGGCCUCCGCGGCCCCGCAGGCCCGUGGGGCGCCGGCCCUCGGCCGGCAGGACGAGGGCAGCUGCUCGGGGGGCAGCUACCACACAGAACGCAGCGGGUACUUAGCCGACGGGCCAGCGAGCGACUCCAGCUCAGGACCCUGCCAUGGAUCCUCCAGUGACUCAGUUCUCAAUUGUACUGACGUGUCCCUGCAAGGGGUUUAUGGCAGCUGGUCCACCUUCCGUAGCUCUCUGAGUAGUGACUACGAUCCGUUUGUGUAUUAUGGGUCAGGGCAUGACCCUUGCAAGACCGGCCUGGAGGCUGGGGCUCAGGCCCGGCCCAGAUCUUUGGAUUCCGUGGUGAACAAAGCAGGCUGCCCUGAAGAACAGCCACAGACUAUUUUCAGCCACAUCCACUACCACAGCCACAGACAUCACCACUAUGAGGAGGGGGAGCCUGGCCAGGGCCCAAGCAGAGGCUCGGACGAGGAGCAGGGGGCCACCUCUGGCGCCGCUGCUCCUGCUCCCGCUGCUCUUAUCGUUGACAAAGACUCACCCGUGUGUCCACCCAAGCGCAGCCCCUGCCAGUGCCCGAAGCCAGAACCCACAGAUCGGCCCAGUCCCGGACAGUCAGACUGCCAGGAUCACGAGUCCAGCAGCUCUACAGGACCUGUCCUGGUUUCCCCGAUCCCAUUACAGAUCCAACCCCACUGCUGCCACCAGGGACACGGACUCCCUCCAGCUCCCCUGGGCCGGGUGAGUGGUUGUGUACUGGACGGCCCCUCUGUGCGCUUCCACCAGAGCCUGGAUCUGCAGGAUGACCGCAGCAUUCACAUUCACUACGGUCAGGGCCCGGGCUUCUGCUGCUCUCCCACGGAGCUGCACCCUGCCUUGGUCCCGGUGCCUCUCAUACCUCAUAGUGGAGGGAUGGAGGACUGGCCUUGCUGCACCGGGGCCCAUGUGGUGUGGAAGAAACGGGUGCAGCAGGCCCGCUCUGAGCCUCAGCUCCUGGGGCCUGGGACUUCAAUGGACAGACCCCCCUGCAGGUUCCAUCACGGGCCUGCUGCCGACUGCAACACAGACAUUUGUUUAUAUUGCCAAACAUUACACCACAAUCAGGGAUCAGAGGAGGAGUCUGGUGUAUGAGAAGUUGUUGCGUCCCCUUUUGCCGCGCUGCUACACGAGAGCCAGAGAGGACAAGCCCGUCGUGCGUCCCACAGCGGUUUCACCAGCAGUGCCAUCCUCCACACAGAGCUCUGCCCCACGGAGUCAGAGCUCACGUGCUGAGACAUUACGAGCGGCGAACUUAAUGUGACUAGACUGUCAAACUAGUCUUUGGUGUAUUUGUAUAAGAGAUGCUCAUGUCGGCGAGUUAAUGGGGAAACGGCUUGUGCAUAGCGAAAGGUUCCCACGCUACUAACGAAUGAUCCUUGCUUUAGGGUGUCAUGAAGUGAGGCUCCACGUCUGUACUGCUCACGCUAAUAGAAAAUCACUUGAUUUACCUUAGAGGUACUUAACUUCUUCCUUUACUGAGUCCAGGCUCAGUUGAGCGGAGCUUUUCUCUCCAGCUACCUCAGCUCAGCUUUCAUUUAACAUGGCCCAAGAAGGGGGCGUCUCUAAAGGUACAGUACUGCUGUAGUGAUCCUGUGUGUGUGUGUGUGUGUGUGUGUGUGUGUGUGUGUGUGUGUGUGUGUGUGUGUGUGUGUGUGUGUGUGUGUGUGUGUGUGUGUGUGUGUGUGUGUGUGUGUGUCUGCCACAGCUCGCAUCGACUCAACUAAAAGUGGUCUUCUCGGCAGACUGGCCUGUCCGAAUGGAAAGGAAACAGCAAACCCUCCCUGAGGUCGCUGAGCUCUGCACGAGCCUCGUUUUCGAUUUCACCAAUGGCAGCUCUUUUCAACACGUUCGUGUUUUUGGAUAAUUUUCACUUUCACAUUUUUUUAUAGUCUGUAUUUUUUUAUCAUUCAACAGGAGCCGGUUUGACUGAAUUAUGUCGCCAUCAUUACAAACUAUUUUCACACUUUCUUUCCUGUAGUAAGUUCAUUAAAUAACCCCUUCGUCUCUCAAGGUCUUAGCAGAAUCUACAUGGAAUUCCCUGUCCAUGAAAACAUGCUCUCAUUGUCUAAUAACGCUCUCUAAUCUUCCACACUUCAUCCAAAGUUAAAGUUUAUUAAGUAACGAAUAAAAUCUGUGGAAUGUCUUUGCUUUUCCAGUGCAUUCAAACUUUAGUAUAGUUAGAGAAUUAUUCCUGGAACCAUCAAACACAUGAGAAUGUAUCUUACGUUAUAGAAAUAAUAGCUGAGAGCAGGGGCAAGUCUUGAUCCUGGAAGGAAAGCUUGCCCGAACACGGACAUCUCAUUCAGUAUUGAACCUAAGCCUUGUUCUUUUUAUUAACGCCUACAUUGUGCAGCUAAAAGUCACUUAUUGCCAAACAGUAGACAAACAGACUCUUUUUUUCCUUUUUCAAGAUAAAGACCUCAUUGGUACCGCAAUGCAACUACUAGCACUUACUGAAACACUACACGUGCCUUUUCAUCCUCUUCACAAUCCUACAUGAAUAAUCUCCCACCUGUCGAGCCAAAGAGGUAAAAUCUUGAACACAGUGAACUUAUAAAAUAGUAUGUGUUGUGCCUUUUCCUGCUUCAACCUCCUCGCCUUAAAUGCAAACGUCCCUUUAAUCACGUCAACACAUUGGGCAAGCUUUGGGGUCGGUUUACCUGCAGGCCUCACUGGGAAUGUGUGGACACAGCGUCCUUAAGCUAAAGGAUCGGAGCUCAAUGGCUUUAACGUUUCUCGUGCCCUAACAGUCUCUGAGAUGUGGAGAUGAAAAUGACUGAAUUACAAACAGCACUUUGGCUUCAGCAUAUUUUACGUAAAAAAAAAAAAUCUGAAACUAAGAAUUUAUGAUGUGAUUUCAUCCUGUUCAAGAUCUUUCUCUUUGAAGCAAUGUGUUUGUGUUAUGUUUUUGCCAGAAUAACAAGCUGAAACUGCCUUUUCUAAUAGAGUUAAAAAAAGAAAAUCCCUCCAGAAAGUUAAGGGCUAUGUUUUUUGGAUACUUGUGUACAAAACGAACAACCAAGCAAAUGAAAUAGUGUUGUAUUUUAUAUAUAAUAGAACAUUUCAAUAUGGUGACGCGUCACUAAUAUAUUUAUUUACUAAUAUAUUUAUCCAUUUUGUCAAGGUUUGAAAGAGUGGUUUCUGUAUAGACUGAAUGUUUCUGUAUCGAAACUGACCGGUGCCAUCACAGAUACGUCAACCUCUCCUCAUUCCAAUUAUAUGCAAAUAAAUUAUUUUUAAAAUAGUGUGUGUUUUCCUGCUAUUGUUGUUGAACUCUUGUAUUUGUAUUUAAUUUGCUUAUGAGUGGGUGUUGCAAUUUCUUUUCAGGGGGAUCGUUUCUUCUGUGUUACCUAGGGAUCCAAUAUCACAAAACAGGUAACAGGAGUGGAGUAAAUAAUUAUACUCCUUGAGGCAGAAAACAUAUUAACUGCCAAAGUGAUGAUUAGAAGAUGUGACCGAUCUGACAAACGGCACCAAAGGCAGCUAAUCAACUUAUUCAUCAUCCAGAUCCCAAAGUGCACGAUAACCUGACUCUGUCCAAAUAUGGCAAUAAAGUCAUAGUUCUUCUGGACUCAUCUCUGCAUUACUUCCCAAUAUUUGAAUAUAAUGCGUUACCUGGGCUUUCUAGGGUUAACACACUGUAUGUCUUUGUAUUAUUAAUGCAUUCCUCUAUUUCCCCACAUCAGCUAUUCCUUUACUUUUGUGAAGCCCUGUUUUCCAGAAUCACAUGCCGACCCCCGUGGACGUGAGAACUUUUAUUCUGCAGUUCUUCAUGCAAGCUGCUUGACAGCUUGAAGCAUGCGCUAGGCUGCGUGCCGGUGCUUGCAGCCAGCAACAUAAAGACGCUUGACUCCUUUAAUAUAUGUUUAAUACACUUUAGCUGUGGAGGUUGUUGGAUGCAUAUAACAAUCUGAUUGGGUGGGAUCAGUAGAAGGCUUUGGCCUGGCCCUCGGGUGACAGCACGGUGAGGUUGCCCCUGGCGUCUUGGUCCUUCUCUAUGGCCUCAAAAAGAGACUUGAAGUUUCCUGCCCCAAAGCC